GAGAGAGAGCGGAUCAGCUGAAAUCGUUAGCGCUUGUAAAACUAAAUAUCGUAAGUGGUACUAGACGUUCGGAUAGGAGACGAGCAAAGGGAACGAUUUAUUCGAUUAAUACGUACAAUCGUUUAACAGUUGGAGAACAAAGAUUUUACAGAAAAUAUUGUCCGAGAGACAGAGUCUCUCACCGGUGUGGGGAGAGAAAAGGACGAGAGGAAAACAAACAAAGCGCGACACGUGAAAUUUGUCGUCUUCAAGGAGAAAUCGUGAUAAGAUAACACUGCGGUCGUUGCUGCUAAUAAACGUGCUCGACGAGAGGGUGGGGGGAGGGAGAGGGGGGCACAUUGUGAUUUCUUGACGAAGGACUUGCGAUUGUAAUCGCGGCUGUCAUUCUGAGAAGAAAGGAGCUCGAUCGCGCUCGACUCGGAGGAGCUCCGCGGUGAGUCGCAAGAGUUGCAAAAAGGAGGCUGUAUUACUCAACACGCGGCUUUAUCUCGAGGAUCCCGCGCGAAGGAAGAAUCGCGAGUUCGACAUGCCAGACGGGGAUUCGUAAUCGCGGUUAUAUCAGGUCGUUCAUCAGGUAGAAAACGACACACGGGACCAGUAUCGGCUGCCUGUUCAUCGAUCGUCGCCACGGUUUCCUCCGAGUCGCCGGGAAUUAGCAGGGAAGGUUCUAAUUAAUGCUACCAUUAAUAGCUCGAUAUCUAAGCAGUGACGACUUCAGCUGAUGAUUAAUAGAUAAAAGCCGAUUAAAUACCUGAUCGUGGCAAAGAACGAGAGCGAGAGGAGGAGGGUCUUCGCUGUUUCUUUUCGAAUUAAUAAUGUUCUUCUGCUUCAACACUGCGCCAUAAUUAUCAAUUCUCUAUUCGUUCUACAGAAUUCUGCCGAUACGCUAGAGAUUAAGAUCCGCACGAUUUCCCUCGCGAUCUCUUUCUUUCUUUCCCUUUCGCGUGUAAACGAAAGAGAAUUUAAUGAAGUGCACGAGAGAUUAAUUAACGAUCGAUAAUUAUACCGCUACGAAAUUGAGCAACGACGAGACUCGAGCAGAUGAUUGACUGACUUCGUUGUAUCGAUAAUUAAUUUCGUAAGUGUCGCGCGUGCUCGAGAAGGACAUCCAGCCCUUUUUGUGGGCGCGAGUGAAUGCCAGUGUUCUGGCCGAGGGCCGAGAAUAUGAGUCGCCGUAAAUAAGUGACGGCGGUAAAGUGCAAAGUGAUGUAAUUGGUGCAUUCGCUGCGGAGACAAUGUGCGAUGCCAAAUCAGCCCGAAUGACACUUGGCCCACGCAGCUGAUGACAAACGUGAACAGGAUCAAGGUGGUCGUCCUCGGCGGCCCCAGAGUCGGUAAAUCAGAUUUUCUCUACCGACACAGCGUCACUAUUGAUAACGUCACGACGGAGGUCGAGAUACUUGACACAUCUAGGUGCGAGGAGAAUGGCUGUCUGUAUUCGCAUAUACGGUGGGGCGAGGCCUUCGUCGUGGUCUACAGCGUGACAUGUAAACGGAGCUUUCAGGAAGCCCGUGGACUUCUCAAACAACUCGCAGAUCUACGCCUGCCAUCCUAUUUCACCGCCCUCCUACUCGGCAACAAAAGAGAUUUGGAUCAUGCACGAGAAGUGUGCGUGGACGAAGGCCAACAGCUGUCGCUGGCGCACGGAUGUCAGUUUUACGAGGUGAGCGCCGCGGAGAGUCCCGCGGGAGCGGCGCUAGCCUUUCAGGCGCUCCUGCGGGAGGCGAGAUCGGUCCAACUUCUGCGAGCGUUGCCGAUCCGCAGAAAACUGGGCGUACACUCAGUCUCGAGGGUCCUCGGGACGAUCUUCGGCAAGAACACCACCAAGGAUCGUAAAAAGAGGCCAUCGUUGAGUAUAUGACGCCUUCUAUGCGCCCUCCUCCUCGGAGGACGAGAUGAGCCAGGCAAGAGAACUGACAUCGUCGUCCUCAGCAGUAACGUUUACUCCAAUCGCUGACGAGGUCUUCAUAAGGAUGUAGAAUCUCCUUUGUGCCUUCCUGAAGAAAGACUAGGUCAUCGCUAGGAUCCGAAGACUGUUCUCGGUCUCAGAAGCGGUCUUUUUCACGCUUGGAGAGAGCGAUCCUUUUCUUCAGGCGAAGAAAUAUGCAUUUGCUAAUGGCAAUCAAACUCCCGAAGUUCUGAAGCAUAUUCGGGGGACUCUCUAAAACUCCGAGGACGUAAGACUGAUUUUCUGGCUUUGAAGAUAUGCAGGAUCCAAGGUACGGUACACUCUGGAAGUCUGACAUGCAGAAUGUCUAAGGCUCUUUUUAACAUCCGGUAGCUGAAAGUUCACUUCGAGAAGUUCCAGUCAUGGAGGGCGGCAACAUUUAUCUAAAAAAAAGAAAAAAAAAACUGUUUCGUGUCCUGAAGAAGGGGAUGUUUACGUGGUAUUCGCGUGGUGAUCCUGCUUUCGAUGGCGGGAAAGAAAGUGAGUAGACUCAGAGAUUGUUUGUGAUAUGCAAAGGUACUUUUUUAAAUACUGCAAUAUUUCACGGUGAUUACAAGUGACUGGCAAGUUGUUCCUGAACGACGUAGUCUUUAGAAUGAUCAAGAAUAAUCUUGUGAUUGCGUAUCGCCCCGCAAUCGGUUCCGCGAGUGCAAAUUUUACAAUUUGGGAUACAUAAAAUACUUACACAUCUCUUGGUGUUUAAGUUAUUACAUUAUUAACCCUAAACAGUACGUAUGAAACGUAAUGAGUUUCACAAAUGUUUCUCAUAUUAU